AAUACUGUUUAUUUAAUUUCCUUUAUUUCUACCACAUACAAAAAAAUAUGAGCCAGCGAAGCGUCUCGCACUUGGACUCGGACUCGGACUCGGAAUCCGCAUGCGCCAACCCGCUUUUUUUUAAAUGGGUUAAUGAAUGGUACAAUAAAGCCUGCAAAAGCAAUGCAAAAACUCAGUACACACUCAAAAAGGCACUUAACUCACUACGGCUGUACCCGCUGCGUAUCGAAAACCCACAAGAAACCGUACAGCUUCAGGGAAUCGGCCAGGGCAUUGCCAAUCGACUGACACAGAGGAUGAUCGCCUGGCGCAAGGAAAAUGGCAUCCCGGACCCAGCCGUGAACAGCAUCAGCGAGCAAGCAUCGGUAGCUGAUGCUGGCUUGGAAAACGGUCCGAAGCAGAGUGCGCCUCGUCUGUACGUUCCUCGGUAUCGCUCGGGGACGUUUGCUUUGCUCAUAGGACUAUUUAAGACGUAUUGUUUGUACGGACCCGACUAUUUUGUUCCAAAGAACCAGCUGAUCCCCAUGUGCGAGCAGUAUACGGACACGCCGUUCCAUGUGGCCGGAGGCAGUGGCGGAGGAAGCAGGGGCGGCGGCAGCAGCCAUUAUUCCGGCGGCCGUGGAGGCAGCGCGCAGGGAGGAAACUUUGUGCAUACAGCGUGGUCAGGGAUGAAAACAUUGGAGACCAAGUCGUUGGUUGAGCGCCAGGGAGGAGUAAAGUUCUGUCUGACCGAAGAAGGGCUUGAUAUUGCAAUCAAAGUUGUUGAUGUUUUGCGCGUGCGCAAUGAGCUGCCAGCCGACGACGAGCGUAUUUUUGCAUCAUUUGUCAGACCUGAAGUCGAGUUGGACGCUCCCACCAAUCAUGACAAUGUUGAGUUCGAGGACGAGAUCGAGGGUGAGGACGAUUGGGCUGUUGGUUUGGCGCCGCAGCCAUAUCUUCGAGGUGCGGGGCGGGAUAUGGGAUUGCCACCGCCUAUGCCUAGAUCCACAACUGGGAGGGGCGCUUACUUGACGUCUGGCGGCAACGGUGGCCCGGCGAGACACCUGCUGCGUAACCAGUCUGCUGCAUUCGGCCAAUCAUCCUCUCCCUCACGCUCAUUCAGUCGUAACUCGUCACCCUCGAUUCUGGCCGAAAUUGAAUUAGCGGAUUUGAUCCACUACCCUGUCGGCGAGUACGAAAUUAUUCUGAUAGUUGACAACCGCGAAGUGCACUCUGUGUCCGACCGAAAUCUUAUUACCAAGGAGCUCGAGGAGCACCAUAUUAAUAUUGAGAUUCGGCCACUGACCGUUGGCGAUUACCUGUGGAUUGCGCGCGCCAAGCAGUCUGGAACCUGCAAACAUCUGCCAGACAUUGUGUUGGACUAUGUGGUCGAGCGCAAGAGGAUGGAUGAUUUGUGCGCGAGUAUACGAGAUGGUCGAUACAAAGAGCAGCAUUCACGGAUACACGGGACUGGAUUCAACAACGUGCUAUAUAUAGUCGAGGGCAAUGACCCUGAUGCCGUCAGCAGGCUGGGAGAGAGUGCUGUUAACUCUGCACUCAGCCAAAUUCAAAUCCACCACGGUUUCCAUUUGAAGAGACCCAGGACCUUUGAGGCUACACUGCGGUUACUGAGGCAAACCACUUGUGUGCUGCAGGACUCAUUAAAGGAUGUGUAUGCUGUUCCAGACCAUAUGAUAGGGCAGAAGGGCAUCCAAGCGAGGUUUCCGCAUGUCCACCUGGCCAUGACAUUUGAUGCGUAUGAUGUGGUGAGCAACAAAAGUGGCACGCUGACUGUUGGUGAAAUAUACCUGCGGAUGCUCUUGACAUUGCGCGGAAUCAGCGCUGACAAGGCAUUAGCUAUUGGUUGGCAGUACCAGACACCCACCCAGUUAUUUAAGGCGCUGCUUGGCGACCCUAAUGAUACCAAUGGAUCGGAAAAGCUGUUGGAGGACUUGACCAUGUACGGAUCCCGCCGCAAGCUGGGCCCUGCACUGGGAAAACGCAUAGCGCAGUUUUGGACUGCGGAAUCAUUUGUCACAGACGCAAACUAAUGCAGACAAAUAUAUUUGAGUACUUGCAAUAUUGGCCUUAUUUAUUUCCGAAUCGCUGGUGAGUUUUUGCAAAUCCACCUUCAAUAUUAUUCUUCUGUGGGUAAAUCAUAAUCAAUAUUGGUGAUUAUAUAUAAAGCAAUUCACAGUUUUACUAUUAUUUAAUUAUUAUAUCGUAAACAAAGGGUUUCCAUUUUUUGCAUAUGCAAAACAAGCUGUUGCAACACACUGGACGAUAUGUAUGUAUGUAUUUAUUUAUGUGUGUAUUUAUAUUUACUAGUGAUACAUAUGUGCGCGUGUACUUGUCUAUCACGUGUAGCUGCCCACAGCUAUAGAAAACGCUUUUGAGCAAGUACAUGCAUGCACAGAGCAGC